AGGCCGGAACUGGGCAGGUUGUGGAAAGCGCAGAGUUUUGACAAAAACAAGUGGCGACGUUGACAUCGCAGGGUCUAUGGCCGAGGCGGUGAGGCCCCCGCGCCGGGCCAGGGCCAAGGCCAAGGCCAGCCGGACUAAAACCAAGGUGAGGGAACCCGCCCAUCCCAUCCUCGCCAGGCCCUGGCAGGAAAAGAAGAAAUAUGAAACCCUUCAGAGGGAAGAGUCUGAUGAAGUCUCCCUUCCAAAAACCUCCAGAGAGCUGGAAAUCCCUACCCCACCUUGUGAAUUCCAAGGAGACCAUCUAAAGGAGUUAACCGAUUCCCAGCCCCAGAAUGAUGCUAGUCGACAAAACGAGAGUGAAAUGUUUGAUGUACCACUCACUUCCUUAACUCUAAGCAAUGAAGAGUCCCUGACAUGUAAAACAGAGAGUCUGAAGGAGGGAGAGGAGAUCAGAGCCUGUGCUGGGGAUGAUGCAGUCAAGCCGAAGGUCGAUCCUGGAGGCAAUGUCGGAACCAAAGUAGAACCCCCCGAGAACACUACAGAAAUGGAGGAAGAUAAACUGGUACAAUGUGGACCUUUGGAAAGCACACUGCAAUCUAAUGUUUCUUAUAUUCAGCAGGAAGUGGAAAAUUUGAAGGUCAGAGAUACUCAGAAUAGGAGAGAAGACCAAGAAGCCUUGGGUCUUUCUUCAGAGGUGCUACAGAAUGUUGGCUUGCAGAGUUCUUGUGAAGCCAAAGACAUUUUCCAGCCACCUAGAGUGAAAAAACUGUAUCCCCAGUUGCCAGCUGAAACUGCUGGGGAUAUACCGGCUUUGGUGGCAGUGAAACCCUUGCUUCGUAAUGAGCGGCUCUACCCGGAGCUCCCAUCUCAACCAGAAAUAGUACCAUUUACUGAAGAACAGCUAAAAGUCUUUGAGCCUGGUUCAUGGCUGGAAAAUGUUGAGUCAUAUUUGGAAGAAUUUGACAGCAUGGCUCAUCAGGACAGGCAUGAAUUUUGUGAGUUGCUUUCGAACUACUCGCGCUGUAGGAAGCAGCUGCUGCUGGCUGAAGCUGAGCUCCGUGCUCUGACGUCUGAUUGCCAAAAUGCCAGAAGUCGCCUGUGGCACUUCAGGGAGGAGCAGCUGUCUGUACAGGGUAUCUGUGCUGAUCAAGUGAAAGUUUCAGGCCAUCAUCGCUACCAGAGAGUGGAGAUGAAUGAAAAUGCACUGGGAGAGCUAAAAAAACUGUUUGAUGCCAAAUCUGAGCACCUCCACCAGACCUUGGCGCUGCAUUCUUACACUUCUGUGCUCUCACGGUUGCAAGUGGAGUCUUACAUCUACACAUUACUCAAUAGUUCGGCUGUUCUGAGAUCUUUAGCAAUUCAUCAGGAAGGCCAAGCUUCUAAACAGGUAGAAAGCAUUCCCUCUGAUCUGUGUCAGCUAAAGGAGUGCAUUAGUGUCUUAUUCAUGUUCACCAGGAGAGUUAAUGAAGAUACUCAGUUCCAUGAUGAUAUUCUUCUCUGGCUGCAGAAAUUGGUAUCAGUGUUACAAAGAGUUGGCUGUCCUGGAGAUCACCUCUUCCUUCUAAACCAUAUUCUUCGAUGCCCGGCUGGUGUUAGUAAAUGGGCUGUUCCUUUCAUCCAGAUCAAAGUGUUGAAUAACCCAUCAGGGGUCUUUCAUUUUAUGCAGUCCCUUGCCCUGCUAAUGUCUCCUGUCAAAAAUCGAGCUGAGUUCCUGUGCCACAUGAAGCCCAGUGAGCGGAAUCCAUCCUCCUCGGGGCCUGCAUCCGGGACGUGGACACUAGUAGAUGAGGGAGGAGAAGAGGAUGAAGACCCUGAGACUAGUUGGAUUCUCCUUAAUGAAGAUGACUUGGUUAUCCUUCUAUCACAGUUCCCAUUUCAUGAACUCUUCCAGCAUCUCCUUGGGUUUAAAGCAAAAGGUGAUUAUUUACCUGAAACAACAAUACCUCAAGAGAUGAUGAAAAUUUUUGCCUUUGCUAACUCCUUAGUGGAACUUCUGGCUGUGGGGUUAGAAACCUUCAAUAGAGCACGCUAUAGGCAGUUUGUCAAGCGAAUUGGUUAUAUGAUCAGGAUGAUCCUUGGUUAUGUGAGUGACCACUGGGCCCAGUAUGUGAGCCACAACCAAGGCUCGGGAUUGGCCCUACAGCCCUACUCCGUGGAGAAACUACAGGUUGAGUUUGAUGAGCUCUUUUUGAGAGCUGUACUACAUGUGCUGAAAGCCAAAAGACUUGGCAUUUGGCUGUUUAUGUCGGAAAUGCCCUUCGGGACACUGUCUGUUCAGAUGCUCUGGAAGCUCUUCUACCUCAUGCACCAGGUGGGGAGCGGGAAUCUGGAAAAGCUCUGUACUGCCCUCCUGCCUGCCGAGUGUAAGAAGCGCCUCCAAGACCCAGAACAUUUUGUGAACUUUGAGAAGUGUCUUUCUUCCAUGAAUAGCUCAGAAGAGAUUUGCCUUCUAACUACUUUUGCUCAGAUGGCUCAGGCCAGAAGAACCAAUGUGGAUGAAGACUUCAUAAAAAUUAUUGUUCUGGAGAUAUAUGAGGUAUCUUAUGUCACCCUGUCCACCAGAGAAACUUUUUCGAAGGUUGGUCGAGAGCUUUUAGGGGCCAUCACAGCUGUUCACCCUGAGAUAAUUUCUGUCCUUCUGGAUAGAGUUCAAGACACCAUUGACCAGGUUGGAAUGGUUUCUUUAUACUUGUUUAAAGAACUACCUUUGUAUCUUUGGCGACCUUCUGCCUCCGAGAUAGCUGUGAUUCGGGAUUGGUUAUUCAAUUAUAACCUGACAACGGUGAAGAAUAAAUUGGCCUGUGUUAUUCUAGAAGGACUAAAUUGGGGAUUUGGUGAACAGGGGACUCUUCAUCUGGAUCAAGCAGUCCAUGCUGAAGUAGCUUUAAUGAUUCUUGAGGCGUACCAGAAGUACCUUGCACAGAAGCCGUAUGCUGGGUUUCUUUCUGAAAGUAUGAAGCAGGUUUCGUAUUUGGCCAGUAUUGUUCGAUAUGGAGAGACACCUGAGACCUCAUUUAACCAAUGGGCCUGGAACUUGAUCUUGAGGUUAAAACUGCACAAAAAUGAUUAUGGAAUACAGCAGAAUUGUGCAACUCUUCUGUUCUCCAGCACUGUGCCUGAAGUGACAGAGUCACCCACGUUUCAUCCUCUCUUGAAGGCUGUUAAGGCGGGCAUGCCCAUUGGCUGUUAUCUGGCCUUAGCUAUGACGGCUGUGGGCCACAGCAUUGAGAAGUUCUGUGCAGAAGGCAUCCCACUCUUGGGGAUUCUGGUCCAGUCGAGGCAUUUGAAAACAGUGGUCCAUGUCCUGGAUAAGAUUCUGCCUUUGUUCUACCCUUGCCAGUAUUACCUUCUAAAGAAUGAGCAGUUUCUGUCACACCUCCUCCUCUUCCUACACUUGGACAUCGGUGUCCCUCAGGGUGUCACGCAACAGGUCACCCACAAGGUGGCACAGCACCUGACAGGAGCCAGCCAUGGAGACAACGUGAAGCUUCUCAACAGCAUGAUCCAGGCCCACAUCUCUGUAAGCACUCAGCUCAAUGAAGUGGGCCCGGUUGCCGUAUUGGAGUUCUGGGUUCAGGCUCUUAUAAGCCAACAUCUUUGGUACCGAGAACAACCCAUCCUCUUCCUCAUGGACCAUUUGUGUAAAACAGCUUUUCAGCUGAUGCAGGAAGACUGUGUGCAGAAAUUGCUCUACCAGCAACAUAAGAAUGCUUUGGGCUACCACUGUGACCGGAGUCUGCUCUCUUCUUUGGUGAGCUGGAUCGUGGCAGGCAACAUCACUCCUUCCUUUGUGGAGGGCUUGGCCACACCCACUCAGGUCUGGUUUGCAUGGACAGUCCUGAACAUGGAAUCCAUCUUUGAAGAAGACUCGCAGCUCCGAAGAGUUGUUGAAGGGGAAUUGGUUAUAAACUCUGCAUUUACCCCUGACCAAGCUCUGAAGAAAGCCCAGGCUCAGCUGAAACUCCCCAUCGUCCCGUCCCUCCAGAGGCUGCUCAUUUAUCGUUGGGCCCACCAGGCUCUCGUCACGCCUUCUGACCAUCCUCUUCUGCCACUCAUUUGGCAGAAGUUCUUCCUCCUGUAUCUUCACCGCCCAGGACCGCGAUAUGGGCUACCCGUAGAUGGUUGUAUUGGAAGAAGGUUUUUUCAAAGCCCUGCUCAUAUCAGUUUGCUAAAAGAAAUGAAGAGGCGUCUGACUGAGGUGGCUGACUUCCACCACGCUGCGAGCAAGGCCCUCCGAGUUCCAGCAGAGGGCAGUGAAGGGCUGCCAGCGACCCAGGCUGGCACCCCUGCUUACCUGACUUCACCAGAGCUGCACACGGAGCUCGUGAGGCUCUUCAAUGUAUAUAUAUUAUGGCUAGAAGAUGAGAAUUUUCAAAAAGGAGAUACGUAUAUCCCUUCUCUGCCAAAGCAUUAUGAUAUUCACAGGCUAGCAAAAGUGAUGCAGAAUCAGCAGGACCUGUGGAUGGAGUAUUUGAACAUGGAGCGCAUACAUUACGAGUUUCAGGAAACCAUUAGUCUGUGGAUGCAGGCCAAGCUUGAGUCCCAUUCUACACCCUGCAGUUCGUCAGUGCCACUGGACUUCACUGAUCCUUUGUUGGCUAAAGAAAGGGUUUUAAAUAACCUGCGGAAGCACGAGGACCCCCAACCUCCCCUUGUUCUGCAGCCAGUGAGGCCUCCUGUGCCAGUUAUUUCCUCAGCCUCGAUCCUGAGUCAGAAGGACGCCAUCCAGCUGGUACGCACAGACCUGAAUCUGCUGCGGCAGCAGGCCAGAACUGCAGCUCUUCGGGAAUCUCAGCAGGUUGUGCUGGACAGUGAGCUGUUGGACACAAUGCCCAAGCAGUAUGUUAAUCGAGAAGAACAGACCACACUGCAUUUGGAGUGUAGAGGCAGUAGUGGCAAGAAGUGCCAAGGAGCUGGAGUUGUAACAGUUCAGUUUGAAGGUUUGCAUAAGAAUGAAGCAAUAAGCCAACAGCUUCAUGUUUUGCGAAAAGAAGUGAAGCAGUUGCAAGCAGAAGCUGCUAAACCACCAUCACUUAAUAUUGUGGAAGCCGCUGUGCAUGCCGAAAACUUGAUUACGUCCUUAGUGAAUGCCUACCAGUCACACCCCACCCCUGGGGUUCAGAAGGUUGGCAUCAGCCUCUUCUUUACUGUUGUGGAUUACGUCAGCGAUGAGACCCAGCGUCAUCCUCCCACAAGGCAGUUCUUUACUUCAUGCAUUGAGAUCUUGGGACAGGUGUUUAUAAGUGGCACUAAAUCAGAAUGCAGAAAAGUCCUUCAGACCAUUCUGAAGAACAGAAGGCUCUGCUCUCUCUUGUCACCUUUCUUUACUCCCAACGCUACGCCUGCGGAGUUCGUACAGCUGUAUGAGGAAGUGGUGAAGUUUCUGAGUGAGGACAACAGUGAUAUGACUUUCAUGCUGCUGACCAAGUUCGAUCUUAAGCAAUGGUUAAACGCCACUAAACCUCCUCUGUCUGAUCGUACCAGGCUUCUGGAGUCCAUUCAUUUGGCACUUACUGCCUGGGGCCUUGAACCAGACGAAGAUAUUUUGAUGCCAUUUAAUCUUUUCUGUAAGCACUGGACUUACCUUCUUCUCUACCAGUUCCCUGACCAGUACAGUGACAUUCUGAGGCUGCUGAUGCAAAGCUCUGCUGAGCAGCUGCUGAGCCCCGAGUGUUGGAAAGCCACCCUAAGAGCCCUGGGCUGCUGCGCCACAGGCUGCCAGCAGGGGGCAGCUUCUGCUGAGACCUCGGUGCUUCAAAGCUCUCCGGAUGUUCUCUUGUCAGACAAGCAGGUAAUGGAGACUAUACAGUGGCUCUCAAACUUUUUUUGUAAGCUUCGGUUAUCCACGUUGGACUUUAAAAGUUUUGGUUUAUUCUCAAAAUGGAGUCCUUACAUGGCAGAUAUGAAGACACUGUUGGACUACCUUGUAAAAAGACUGCUUGACUCAGAAAUGGCCUGCUUGGCCCAAGAUCCAUCUGCCAGCAGCAAAACAGUGCUAAGAUCCCUACAUUCAGUAAUCGUCCAGCUCUUUAAGCCAUGGAUACUGGUUUUAGAGGACAAUGAAAGCAGCCAACGACAUUACCCCUGGCUGGAGAGUGAUGCUGUGGUGGCCUCAAGCAUCGUGCAGUUGUUCACUGAUUGCAUUGACUCAUUGCACGAGAGUUUUAAAGAUAAGCUCUUGCCCGGUGAUGACGGAGCCCUUCGGUUACACCUGAUACAUUAUUGUGAAGCAUGUACAGCACCCAAAAUGCCAGAGUUCAUUCUGUAUGCUUUUCACAGUGCCUACCAGAAACUCCCAUGGAGGGACCUGCAUCCUGACCAGAUGCUCAUGGAGGCCUUCUUCAAGGUGGAACGAGGAAGCCCCAAGAGCUGCUUCUUGUUUUUGGGGUCUGUCCUCUGUGAAGUCAACUGGGUCAGUGUGCUCUCUGAUGCCUGGAAUCCCAGUCCCCACCCAGAGACCCGGAGCAUGAUUGUCUGCCUCCUUUUCAUGAUGAUUUUAUUGGCAAAGGAAGACCAACUGGUGGAUCAAACAGAUUCUCCUCUACUUACUCUCCUUGGACAGACAAGCUCACUCUCGUGGCAUCUUGUGGAUAUUGUGUCAUAUCAGAGUGUGCUAGGUUAUUUCAGCAGCCAUUACCAGCCAUCCAUCAUCCUGGCAAAGGAAUCCUCUGCUGAGUUAAUUGUGAAGCUCCUAAAAGUGUCUGCAGGUCUUUCCAUUCCUACUGACAGCCAGAAACAUCUUGAUGCAGUUCCAAAAUGCCGAGCCUUCACUCACCAGAUGGUACAAUUCCUCAGCUCCCUGGAACAAAAUGGAAAAAUCACGUUAGCAGUCCUUGAACAGGAAAUGUGUAAGCUCUUGGAUGAUAUCAUUGUUUUUAAACCACCUGAUCUGGACAGCCAGACCCGCCACAUGGCCCUCAGCAGCCUCUUUAUGGAAGUCCUAAUGAUGAUGAACAACGCGACUAUCCCAACAGCAGAGUUCCUCCGAGGCGGUAUCCAGACCUGGAUUGGGCAGAAAGUGCAUGGGCUGGUGGUUCUGCCCCUGUUAACAGCCGCCUGCCAGAGCCUGGCUUCCGUCCGCCACAUGGCUGAGACGACGGAAGCCUGCAUCACUGCUUACUUCAAAGAGGGCUCCCUCAAUCAGAAUUUAGGUUGGGGCCCCAUUCUGGUGUCCCUUCAAGUUCCUGAGCUCACCAUUGAAGAGUUUCUGCAGGAGUGCCUGUCCCUCGGCAGCUACUUGACUCUCUAUGUCUACUUGCUUCAGUGUCUAAAUAGUGAGCAGACGCUAAGGAACGAAAUGAAAGUGCUGCUUCUCUUAAGCCAGUGGUUGGAACAGGUGUAUCCAAGCUCUAUGCAGGAAGAAGCAAAGCUGUUUUUGUGGUGGCACCAAGUCCUGCAGCUGUCCCUGGUUCAGACCGAGCAGAAUGACUCGGUCUUGACGGAGUCUGUCAUUCGAAUUCUGCUCAUGCUUCAGGCCCGUCAGAGCCUGCUGGCCGAGGAGAGGCUCAGUUCAGGGAUUCUCAGGGCAAUUGGGCUGGGCCGGAAGUCGCCCUUGUCUAACAGGUUCCGAGUGGCUGCCCGAGGCAUGGCUGCCUUUCUUUCAGUUCAGGUUCCCGCCAAGGAUCAGAUCCGUUUGAAGCCGAGCUCUGAAUUACAUCUGACCCUGAAAGCUCAGCAGGCUCUGAAUGCUCUUGAAUCCUUGACGUCAAGUAAGCAGUACGUUGAAUACCAGGAUCAGAUAUUGCAAGCCGCACAAUUUAUAAAGCGUCCUGGCCAUUGCCUCCAAGAUGGGAAAAGCUUCCUGGCUCUUCUUGUGAACUGUCUCUAUCCAGAAGUGCAUUAUUUGGACAACAUACGAUAGUAACACUGAGGCUCUUGAUAAACCUGUUGCUGUUUAUGUUUACAUUUAACUUUGCUGUUGCACAAAUAACUUUGCUCAAUUUCACUGCAGUUUGGCCAAUGAAUUAGUUGACUGAGAUGCAAGUUGGUGGGCGCUAGAUAAGUGUUGUGCAUGUGCACAUGUGUAUGUGUGUGUCCUGAGCUCUUAAAAUGUUCCAGGGACUUUGUAAUUUUUAUGUUCAUCCAGCAAGAGAACUUACGAAGCUCUCCUUGGGUAGAGAGCCACUCUCAGUUGCCGAAUAUCCAGUCAUCUCAUGAGACCCCAGGUGGGGUGCUUUCGUAUGUCUCCACUUCUGUCUUUUCCUGUUUCAUUUAAAUGUCAAGACUCCUGUGCCAGAUAUAACUACUUUGGGAAUCGGGUUGAACCCUCACUUUUGAACCCCAAUUGUGUUCCUUCAAAGUAAAAAAGCUUUGAAAAUUUCUGCAUUUCUCAAAUGUGGGGAAAUAUACCAGCUUAAAUUAUUAUAUUUUUCUCUCAAUUUUUCUCUCAGAAGGGAGAUAAGAAUGCUGAAUCAAAGUGAGUCGUUGUGUAAAAUGUGACCACUUGAUCCUGAUUAUAGUGGACAGUAGAGAUGGUGACAAGUCCAUUUCCAUCCAGCCAUGUGUCCUCAUAGAGAAGGAGCCAUUUGUCUACAUUGGGGGCGCAUGCUGGUGGUCUGUGGGGAGCAUGUCGUGCACAGAUGUGUUUUGUUUGAUCUCCAUGGCUGAGAGUGUAGACAGGGCUUCCUCUCUCCAGUGCACUGUAGACGUACAUUCCCUUUGGUCAUACCCCAGCCCGCUCCUUCAUUCACGUCUUAUUUGGCCCCUGUAGACAUGUAAAUUUGCAGCUCUUUCCAGACAGCAAGUUUGAUAUCUGAAGGUCCUGCUGUUGAGAGACAGAGACAGAGAACUUGACUGUCUGUUUCCUGCUUGUUUUAUCACUCCAGAUUUAAACUCAAAUGAAGCUAGCAAACCUGCUGAAACACUGGUCGGUGGAAACUGGGUCAGGUCAGGAGACUUGACUGAAAUUUGGCUUUUUUUUUCCUGACCUGACUGAAAUUUGGCUUUUUUUUAAUCGUCACGUGCCUUCUGUUGUUAACAGUUCGUUCUUUACCAAAGCCUGUCUGCAGUGUUGCCGUGUUUUGCUGCCAUCUGCUUGCUCUUGUCAUGUCCCCCCCCACGCCCCGGAAUUCGCACCUUGACUUCUGUCAUCAUAUUCAUAAUUCUGUUGGCUCAAAAUUGAUUUGUUUGUCCAGCUGGCCUAAGGUGUCUUUUGCUUGCAGGCUAUCUAUAGCCCGAGGCUAUUUACAUAAAAAUGUCUUAGUCUCUGAGAGCUUUCAGCAGGGGGAUUUGGGGUAUAGAUUAACUGAGUGAUAAUCUCUUUCCAAAUAUCGUUUUGCGGUGCUUCCCCCAACAUUUGGAAGUGUGUAGGAGCUGUUCUUUAUUUUGAAUCUUUUUAGUUGGACAGAACAGUUCUGCCCCACGGAAAUGCUCUGGUAAAGAUCAUCCCUGUUAGCCUUCAAGUUCUGUAGGCCACUAAGUGUCCAUCUCCGAGGGAUGCAUCUCAGAGCUUUCCUUGUUAACACGUUUUAGAAGCUGUGGACAGUUCCAUGGCUGAUUUGGCAACAAAGAUUUUAUGAGAGGAAAUAUUCUGUGUGCUGUUUUCUUUGAGGAGGAUGUAAUUAUUGGUAUCCUAGAAUGAAAUUUUUGAGUGACAGUACAUACAUUUAAAGAAAAUUAUGUUUAAUCUUAAUUUUUGAAGGUUUAUAAUAUUUAUAAUGUAUUUGCUCUGUAAAAAUUAUAAAAAAUAAAUCAAUCUUUGGUUGUAGCUGGUAAGAAUCCGAUUUUUAGGGAUAUCACACUAUCUUGUAAAGUAUUUCAGUUGUUAAAGUUGAUGCAGAUUUUUUUAUGCCUGAUGUCAUCUGUUUUUUUUGACACUGUAACUUGAUCAUCAGAGAUGGUCGGUAAAAGUACUUCCUCUCACGCUUAACAGUGGAAGGUUUACUCACCACAUAGGUUCCUAUGAGAGGCUCUGGGCUAAGAAAUUGCUUUAACAACACUAAGAUAGCUCAGAAGGUGGCAAUGUUGCUGUAGCCUCCUGGGAAAGAAUAGACCGGUCUGCCCACUGGCUUUCAGGAAUAAUGAGCUUUUGUUGGCAAAAUAGUCACCUCCAGAGAGCGCAGGGCAUGUUUCAGAGACAGUUAGCAGUGCUGCAUGUUGAUACCUGGGUCAGUAAGACCAAGGCACCUAUGUGCUGGAGCUUCGUUGAAGGUGCACUAGUGCAGACUUUCCCCAUACGUGGCCAGCAGUGUCUUCCGGUUCAGAUGGGGAUGCAGAGCAGCUUCCUGGGCUCUUCUCCACUCUUCUUUCUGCAGUUCACACAGGAUGGGCCAGAGAGGCACACUCGACCCCCUGAUCUCCUGGCUCCCCUUCCUAACUCUGCAGAAAGCUGCAGGCACAGAUGCCAGGGAGGGAGGCUCUGCUGAUGCGUCUGCCCAGCCUAAUGGGGCCAGGGCCCACCCUCCAUGUUCCUGAAGCUCCUGGCACAAGUCGCUGGUGGUUUCACGAUCAGCCUGUUGGCACAGUCACGCCUGCCUCCUCGAGGUUGCCUGAGUCUCUCAGUUCUUCGAGGUGGGGGAAGCUGGGUCCAGAAAAUGAAAACCCCUGAGCAGCCCACCCUCUCUUUAACCAAGUGCCAACCCCCUUCCUCCCAGUCAGUGUAUCCACGUUGUGCAAGUGAGAGUGUCCAUGCCCUUUCUUCCUUUCGAGUGAAGGUGAGACACAGUUUUCUACUGGAUUUUUUAAACUUAAUUAAUUAAUUAAUUUUUGGCUGCCUUGGGUCUUCGUUGCCACGCACGGUCUUUCUCUGGUUGUGGCGAAUGGGGGCUACUCUUCG